AUGAAUGAAAAAGUUCUGAAAAGACUGGGCUACAAGCUCGGGGCCACUAUCGGUGAAGGGAGUUUCACCAAGGUCAAGCUGGCCACAUCCAACAAGCAUGCCACACAAGUUGCCAUCAAAAUAGUGGACCGCAAGAGGGCACCAAAUGAAUUUGUCUCAAAAUUCCUGCCCCGGGAAUUGGCCACUCUAAAAGUUGCAAGGCAUGAUCACAUUGUUCAUGUUCAUGAAUUCAUCGAGGUGCACAACGGACCGCUGUACAUCGUGAUGGAGCUUGCUGCCACAGAUCUCCUCAAGAAGACCCAGGAGCUCAACUGCAUCCCCAGAGACCAGGCCAAAACUUGGUUCUCUCAGAUCCUCAGUGCCGUGACCUUUCUGCACCAGAAAGACAUCGUCCAUCGAGACCUGAAGUGUGAAAACGUGCUGCUGACCGCUGACCAUCAGGUCAAACUGACAGACUUUGGUUUUGGACGCUUUGCAAAAGGCUUCCCUGAACUAAGUCAGACGUUCUGUGGCUCUGCUGCCUACGCGCCACCUGAGGUGCUUUCGGGUGUACCCUAUGAUCCAAAGAAGUACGACGUGUGGAGCCUGGGGGUUAUUCUUUACAUCAUGGUCACCGGCUGCAUGCCCUUCGAUGACACCAAUGUAAGCCAGAUGAUUCCACAGAUCCAGGGCAAAGCUUUGGUGUAUUCUGAGGGGAUCACAGUGGAGGAGCCCUGUCGUGCCCUCAUCUCUUAUCUGCUGCAAUUCUGUCCCUCCACACGGCCUUCAGUCACACAAGUGGCACAGCAUCCUUGGCUUCAGUAA